AUGGACGUAAAUAAAAAUACUAAAAUUGAAGACAAAAAUAAAAUUGAGGAUAACAACAGUUGUGAUCACCAAGAAAAAUGGAGAUCGGCGGCCAUUGAAGAAGAUUUAUGGGAUAUGUCCCGCAGAAAACGAGUUAAAGAAGUGUUGGGUUCUAAUGAUUUUCGGAGUGAAUUAGAACAAAUCGUUUGCCCAGACAUUGCAAGAUCCUUUCCAGAAGAUUUGAACAGUGCAAUGGCCUCUUUAAACAUUCAGACAGCUAAUUAUUCUCGUUUACCUCAACUUUUGCCUUUAAAUGUCAACCAAGUUUUAAGCACUCCACCAAUUAAAAUCGCAGAUAUUGCCCGUAAUAAUAAUUUAUAUUCGUUGGAAGAAAAACAACAAAGAAAUAAAUUGGCUACAAUUUAUAGACUUGUGGAUCUUUUUCAAUGGUCACAGGGGAUUUAUAAUCAUAUAACGGUAUGGGGAGAAUUUUCAAUUUUUUUCACAAAUUUUUUUAAGCUUCGCCUUCCUGGAACUGACCCUGCUCAAGUUUUAAUUAAUCCAUUUGGAUUGCUCUACAAUGAAGUAACUGCCUCUUCGCUCAUUAAACUCAGUUUAUCCGGAGAUGUGAUAGACCAAGGCUCUACAAAUUUGGGAGUUAAUCAGGCUGCUUAUGUUCUUCAUUCAGCUAUUCAUGAGGCUAGACCAGAUGUUCAUUGUGUCAUUCAUUUGCAUACGGCCGUUGUUGCUGCUGUUAGCGCCAUGAAGUGCGGAUUAUUACCAAUUUGUCAGGAAGCUAUGAUCAUUGGCCCUGUAGCUUAUCAUGAUUAUCAGGGAAUUUUGACUGAUGAUGAGGAGAAAAAGUCAAUAGUUAGCGAUUUGGGCGAUAAAAAUGUGAUGAUACUUCGAAACCAUGGUUUUGUUGCAUGUGGUCGAACAGUGGAGGACGCUCUACAUCUGGCAUUUCAUACGUAUACUAUUUUACUUUUAUUUAGAGUUCGACAUUUUCAAAUAACCGGGCCCUACUUUCCCGAUUUUUUCCUUCAGAUCAGAGCUGCACGCGUUGGAAUUGACAAAUUAAUUAUACCUUCUGAUGAAGCAGUCCAAAAAGCUUAUUCUACGGCUAGAAGUGGAGGUGGUGGAGGAGUAAAUCGAAUUCAACAAAAUUUAACUGCCAACAUUUCUUGGGGUAUUGGAGAACUUGAGUGGGAAGCGUGGUGUAGGAUUUUGGACACAGCGGGAUUUUGUACUGGACACAUUUAUCGAAAUAAAUUGCUUCGUUCAACAUCACAGCCUUCCCAUCAUUCAAUGUAUAAUCUGUCAAGUAUAGCAACUCCAUCAAAUGGACCAGCAUCGCUGGGAACUAUUGAAGAAGGAACAUCAACAUCAUCAAAUUGGCGUCUUUCCUUGCUUCUUCAAAAAGAAAAAGAGAAGGCUAUUUGGUUAAAUUCGCCUUGUAAUUAUUUAAAAGUGCAACUACCAGAGACGGGAACUGAUUGUCCUCGAUUAAUUACAAGAUGGGUUGAGCAGCAAAGCGUCAGUUCCAAAAGUGGCACGCCGGUGAAGAUUAAUUCACCCUUGCAGUUUAGCCCUAGCAGUUUGGAUAUGCGGGAAUUCAGAGAAAAAAGAAGAAAAUUGAAAGAGGCUAGAAUGAGUGGAAAAGUUUCACCUGGCCCUCAGUCAUUAGUUCUUGAUGGAUUGACAUUAACGGACAUUGAAGGGGAAAAACUACGUCCAGUUUAUAUUGGCGCUGCUUCCAAAGGAAUAGUUCAAAAAGAUCAACAGAUUAAUGCACAGGUUUAUAGAAAACUUUAUUCAGCAAAUCCAUUCAAAAAUGAUGAUCAUUUUAAUAACGGAUUGGAAAAUUAUUUGAAAAAAUUUGGAGAAGGAAAAAUAAAAAAAUCACAAAGUAAUUAUUGUGGGAUGAAUGGAAAUGUUAAUGAUACACCAACAAAUAUUAUUGUCAAUUCACAGUCAGUACCAAUAACUCCUAUUCAUUCAGUUAAAGAAAAUGGUGGAGGAAGUCAGAAAAUUAUAUGCGAUAAACACUCACUAAUAAAAUCAACUGAAAGAAGUACAUCAGAUGCUGGAAUAAAUGGAAAAGGAGGAGGAGGGGAAUUUUUCAAAAAUGGAAAGAACAAUGGAACAAUUGAAGCUUCGUUUAAAAAAGAGGUUUUUAUAAAUGAAAAAAAUUUUUUUGAUGACUUUUCUAAGUUAAAUGGAAAGAAGAGACGUUGGAGAGAAUUUUUUCUUUUUAGACGAAAAAAGAGCGGUUAA